AUGCCUAAAAAGACGAAAGCAGCGGCUAAACAAGAGGAAGUCACGCCGUCUCCCUCUUCGACAUCGCCACCAGAAGCGCAGCCACCCAUGGAUACUGUAGGUGUCGCCACGGACCUUCCGGCUUCGACGCCUUCGUCAGGUACUCCAGCAAUGAAGGCUUCAGUCCAGCCUCCCCCACCCCUCGCCCAAGAUGUUACUCUGCGGUCGUACAAAGAAUGGCGACAACGAUGGGAUGACUAUGCUGUCAUGAUUGACCUGCAUAACCUGCCUCAGCAUAAGCAAUUAAUACACUUGCGUGCGUGCUUAUCUGCUGACAUGAGAGGAACACUGGAGCACAGUUUAGGCGUGUCUCCAGCCUCAGAUUUGCCUCUCAGGGAUGUCCUCCAGCGAAUCCAGAACUUCGUUCGAGACCAAAAGAAUGAGGCUUUACGACGUCUCACCUUUUCCCAGUGCAGGCAGGCCCACAAUGAGAAAUUUACAGAUUUUUAUGUACGCCUUAAGCAAGCUGCUAACGAUGUGGAUCUCUGUAAAGGACAUAGCAAUGCUUGUAUCGAGACCCAAAUCAAGCAUGCCAUCUUGAUAGGUGUUCAAGAUGAAGAGACCAAACAACGCCUAUUAGAGAUGAAGUCCGACGCCACCCUCGAUGACGUAAUAACUGUGUGUAGAUCUCGUGAGGCUGCCGAGUCUACCACCCAAGAAUUACGCCCAUUGCAACCAGCUACACGUGCAUUGUCUGUUUAUAAGCAGCAAAAGCGGCGAGCUGCCAAGGGUAACACUGAAGGACACUACCGAAAAGCCAACAGUCGCCCUGCUAAGUCUCCAAAACCACAGCCAAAAGAACUUUGUGACCAUUGUGGAUACAGGACACACGUCAAGAAGAAGUGCCCUGCUUCUACUAGCACCUGCCGUACCUGUGGCAAAGUAGGUCACUUUGCCAGCCGUUGUCAGUCAUCAAAGAAGAAAAGGAUGCCACCCACAGAAGGUAAUGUUCUUUCAGUUUCCCAAGUUUCGCACAACAUAGCCAAGGUCUGCGCAGUUGAAACUGAAUCCCGUGUAGGCCCUGCAUCUCCGACGAUUAGAUUGUUAGUGCAGUCAGGAGACUCUUCAGCAUAUAUAGACUGCAUACCUGACACAGGAUCUGACACAACCGUGAUGGAUGUUACCCUUCUCAAGUCUCUAGGAUUACCCACAGACAACCUGGACAAAUCUACAAACUUCGGGCUGCAUAAUCCUGAUGGAUCGCAUAUGAACUGUACUGUCCUUGGAUCAUUAUAUGCAAGCAUGACGUAUGGUACAGUCACCAUACAGGUUCAACCUGGAGAGGUAGCAAGAAUUGUUACAACUCCCAAAGUUAUGCCUGAUCACCAUUCAGUGACACCCCAGGAGGCCACAGGCCAACAGCCAGCUCCACCUCAACCAUCACAACAGUUCCCGUUACAUCCACCAAGACCUCCUCCAUUCUCAGCAUCCCCUGAUGAAGCGAAGAAGUUUUUCCUUCGAGAAUUUCCAGACGUUCUCAUGACGAAGGAAGAUUUCCGACAGGGUAUGAAGCUCAAGGAGAUGUGUGGAACCCCUAUGAGGAUCUUCAUAAAGGAAAAUGCCAAACCAUUUGCAGUGCACACGCCCCGUGUCAUUCCCCUUGCCUGGCGAGAUGACGUCAAGACAGAAUUGGACUCCAUGGUGGCUCAGGGCAUCAUUACUCCUGCAGGUGAUGAACCAUCACAAUGGUGUCACCCCUUAGUGGCUGUAGCUAAGCCUAAUGGAGGAGUCAGGAUCACUGUUGACCUCACUAAACUCAACAGUCAAGUGCUACGCCCUGCCCAUCCCUCACCAACGCCUCAUGAUGCUGUUCGUCGUAUCAACCCUAAGGCGAGGUACUUUUCCACCUUGGAUGCCUUAUAUGGCUAUUGGCAAAUACCUUUAGAAGAGCAAGAUCAACACUUAACAACAUUCAUCACCCCUUAUGGUCGCUUCCGCUUUUGUCGUGGACCCAUGGGCUUUGCAGCCACAGGUGAUGAGUACUGUCGUCGAGGUGACAUAGCACUCGACGGAGUACAACAGUGUGUGAAGGUGGUAGAUGACGUCCUUCUAUGGGAUGAGGACUAUGCAUCCCACCUAAAGCGAGUACAGGAAGUUCUUAUGAGAUGCCGUGCACAUCGCAUUACCAUGAACGCUGACAAGUUUGUACUCGCAGCCCCAGAAGUGUCAUUCUGUGGAUAUACCCUGUCAGGAAAUGGAAUUGCAGCUGAAGAAGAGAAAGUUCGUGCCAUUGCCGAAUUCCCAAAGCCAGCUAACCUGACAGACCUCCGAUCAUUCAUGGGCUUGGUGAACCAACUGGCUGAAUUCACCCCUGCAAUUGCCGAGUCUGCUGAUGUUUUACGCCCUCUUAUGAGUCCCAAGCGUACCUUCACAUGGACUCCUGACCAUGAUGCAGCAUUCAGCCGUGUGAAGAAAGCUCUCUCACAACCACCUGUUCUCGCCCAUUUCGACCCAGCACUCAAGACCAUACUUCAGACAGAUGCUUCCCGUCUCUAUGGUGUAGGCUAUGCAUUGUUGCAAGAACAUAAGCCUGGAGAAUGGCGAUUAGUGCAAUGUGGUUCCCGGUUUCUAGCAGAUGUGGAGACGAGAUAUGCCACAAUUGAGUUGGAAUUAGUGGCUGCAGUAUGGGCUAUGAUGAAACGCUAUUGA